GCUUCAAAGAUAACUUGACAAAGACCAUCCGUUAUUUAAUUUUCUUCGUAGGAACAUCUUGCUGUUGGGGAGGGGAAGGUCUUCUGCUGUGGGUGACGAGAGGGGUAGCUUGUUGCAGAAGUAUCUCAUCCAUCUCCUCCGAAUAAGUAAACCCAAUAAAUUGUAUGAGGUAAUUAAAACUGUGAAGAUAACGAGGAGAAGAGGGGAAGGAGAAGGAACCGGGUUGCUUGAAGGUGAAAUUCUUGUGGCACCGGUUGGGAAUCAAGCGUUCGACCAUCCUCCUUCUUCGAGGGGGUUGCGUGAUUGAGAUGAUGGGGGAUUGUAAAGUGGAGAAAAUAAGGAUUCUCCUUUUUUAGGGAAUGGGGUUCGAGUAAAUCCGAUUUGGGGAUUGUGUAUACGUGGUGAUUUUUGAAGGAAGUUUUCGUGCUGUGGCUUCUGGUGUGCCGGCAGCAAUGAGUUCCGUCGGGAGCGAGUAUGUGAGUGGUGAUGGUGAUGGUGGUGGGAAAUUGGUGGUUCAUGUUGCAGAAAACGGCCGCAGUUUCGAAGUCGAUUGUGAUGAAGGAAUGUCUGUCGCGGCAGUUCAGGCUUGCUUGGAGUUGCUUUCCGGGAUUCCUUCCAAUGUACAGCUUCUCCUAUGUGGGGAUAUGAAGCUCGAGACAAGUCGGGCUCUGUCGGCUUACAAACUCCCCUGUUAUGGGCGCGAUUUGUUUUUGUAUAAUCGAGCUAGAUUGGUUCCUGAUUCUCCCCCACCAGCCCCUGAGCGGAUUGAAAUGCCAGAAAUUACGGAGCCUCCAUCACCUUCGUCGUCUCGGAAUCCCCAUCCAUUGGACGAUGCACCAGAUCCAGCAUUGAAGGCACUGCCUUCUUAUGAGAGGCAGUUCCGCUACCAUUUCCAGAAGGGACAUUCUAUCUACGGAUCAUCUCAAGCAAAAUUCGAUAUAUGUAGACGGCUUCUAAGAGAGCAGAAAGUGCAAGAGAAAGCACUGGAGACGGCUAGGGGAAAUAUGAGCCAUUUUUACCAAAUCAUUAAUCAGAUGUACAUGGAUUUCAUGAGAUUCUUCUCCCAUCAGCAUCGAUGCCACUUGGAUCUCUUGACAAACUUGGACAAGGAAGUGGAGAAAUUGAGGUCGUGCAAACUACAUCCUGCUCUGCAGACUGAUUCACGCAAAUGUCUACUGGAUUUCAUCAAAGAGGAUGGCCUGCGGAAGACUGCUGAGAAUUGUGCUAGCUCACACAAGCAGUUUGAAUCAAAAGUUUUGCAGCUGAAAACUAUGUAUUCUGAACUGAAAUACAGAGUUGAUGAUCUGCUGUUAAAUAAAUCCUCCAUUGGCAUUAGGGAAGUGGAGCACAUGAUAAAAGACCACCAACACCAUCUAGAUGAGCAGACCUGUAUAAUGCAGUCACUGAGCAAGGAUGUUAACACUGUCAAGAAACUCGUUGAUGAUUGUUUAAGCUGCCAGUUGUCUGCAUCAAUUCGUCCUCAUGAUGCAGUUUCAGCUCUCGGUCCAAUGUAUGAUGUCCAUCAUAAAAGUCACAUUCCCAAGAUGCAAGCCUGUGAUCGUGCUAUUGGCAAGCUUCUUGAAUUUUGUAGGGUUAAAAAGAAUGACAUGAACUUAUUUCUACAUAAUACUAUGCAAAAGAUAGCAUCAGUUCAAUCAUGUAUCAGAGACAUCCGUUUACAACUUCCAGCAUUUAAGGAAGCAAUGGGGCGCCAAGAUGAGCUCUUUGGUGAUCUCAAAAUAGUACGUAGAAUUGGUCCUGCCUACAGGGCUUGUCUUGCUGAAAUAGUCAGGAGAAAGGCUUGCAUGAAACUCUACAUGGGCCUAGCUGGACAAUUAGCAGAAAGACUGGCAAGGGAAAGGGAGGCUGAAGUUAGAAGACGAGAUGAAUUCUUAAAAGCACACAGUCCAUACAUCCCUAGAGACAUACUUUCAUUGAUGGGGUUAUUUGACUCCCCUAGUCAAUGUGAUGUUAAUAUAGUUCCUUUUGACACAAAUUUACUUCAGAUUGAUGUGGCAGAUAUAGAUCGUUAUGCACCUGAAUAUAUAUCAGCAUUGUCAUCAAAACUGGAGAAGCAUGCAGCAACAUCAAAGGAUUCAUUUGCCACUUCAACUUCAAGUUGCCAGUUAGGACAGAUUAGCGAAACGUCUGUAGAUACACUUCAGAAGAAUGAAACAGAAGAGCUCCUGGAGGGCUGUGACUCUGUUGAGAUUGCUGGAACAAGCAAAAUGGAAGUUGAAAAUGCUUGGCUCAAAGCAGAGCUGGCUUCAGCGGUGGCUCUAAUCUGCUCAUUUAACCCUGAUAUCAGUUAUGAAUAUCUGGAUGAUAGCAAGGUGGAGAAUUUAUUAAAAGUUAAUGCAGAAAAAACAGCAGAAGCAUUGCAUCUGAAGGAUGAAUAUUGCAAACACCUCCAAGACAUGAUAAAGGUGAAGCAGAUGCAAUGCGUCUCCUAUGAAAAACGUAUUCAGGAGCUUGAACAGAGGUUAUCUGAACAGUAUCUUCAGGUGCAUCAUGUAACGGAUGAGAAAAAUGCAUCUCAGUCAUCAUUGAAGAAUGAUAAUUAUGGUUCAGUUAUAUCUGCAGGGGCAGAAGGACCAGGCCCCUACGGUUCUUCUGAUCCCAUGGAUGAGGUCUCUUGCACCUCAGCUCCAACAGAUGCUAAGGAAGACCAUUUGACUGGCCAGCUAACUAAGCUUCAAGAAGGAAUGGAUGAAAAUAUGGCUGAACUUUCAGCCUUGCCACAAUUACAUGCAGAUGCUUUGCCUUGUUCAUCUGAUGCAUCGAUGUUAGAUACACGUCGAGAUGAACUUCUGACAAGUGAUAAAGAUGGAAUGGAUGGUACAGCAAAGCAAUUGUUAGGAAAAACAAAAAUUGGCACAAAUGGGAAAAUAAAUGAUCAACUUGAGACAGGUUCUCAGGAAGUUAAUGCUACUGAACAAUCCAACGGGGCUUCCAAAGUGGCAGAGGCACUAAUUGUAGAACUUAGAGAUGCACUGGAAAAGAAAUCAAAUGAAUACAACGAGACUGAAUCAAAGCUUAACUCUGCUUUGGAGGAAGUUGAAUCUCUCAGAAAAGAACUUGAAGUUAGUCUGAAGCUCUUGGAUGAAUCUCAGAUGAACUGUGCACAUUUGGAGAAUUGCUUGCAUGAGGCAAGAGAAGAAGCACAUACUAAUCUAUGUGCAGCAGAUAGGCGAGCUUCUGAGUAUAACACUUUGCGUGCUUCUGCUGUCAAAAUACGUGGGUUAUUUGAAAGACUUCGUAGUUGCAUAGCUGGAUCAGCAGGAGUAGGUGGAUUUCCUGAAUCAUUACGGUCUCUGGCUCUUUCUUUGGGAAGCUCUGCCAAUGAGAGCGAGGAUGACAUUGGUACAGAACUUCAUGUCUGUAUUCGGGUUCUUGCUGACAAAGUGGGUUACAUUUCUCGGCAACGUUCUGAGUUUCAAGAGCGUGGUGCAAGAGCCGAAGCUGCAGAGGCACAUCUCCUGAAGGAAUUAGAAGGGAGCAAUGAAUUGGUUAAAAAUUUGUUUGCAAAGCUCAAGCUUGAGAAGCAGGCAAACAAGGAUAAGAUUUCCAUCGGUCGCUUGGAGGUUCAAGGGAUCGCUGCUUUCAUUCUCAAUUCUGAGGGACAUUAUGAAGCUAUUAACAGAAACUAUUGUAAUUAUUUUCUUUCAUCAGAGUCAGUUGCCCUAUUUGCGGAAAACCUGCCAAACAAACCAAGUUAUAUAAUUGGGCAGAUCGUGCAUAUGGAGCACAAGGUAGUAAGGGCAGCAAUUCCCUUUGGAGAGGAAGUAGUCACAUCAGAUCCAUUGGACGGAGCUGAUAUCUCAAAGCUUCCCGUGAUAGGCAGGUCCACAUGCAUUGGUAGAGAACCAACGGGUUCCAUUUGUAAUCCUUACAACCUCCCGAUUGGCAGCGAAUAUUUUGUCGUGACAGUCGCCAUGUUACCUGAUCCUAUUCAAUCUUCUUAGGCAGGGGUCCGUCCUACUAAUCAAUAGCCAUUAAGGGUGUAAAUAAGUUCUGUUGCUAAACUUUCUUUUGUACAGUUACAGUUCUCUUUGACUGAUCUCGUUGCUCGACAUGUUUUUCUCUCUUACUGUACAGCCAAAUCAACAUUGUAAUUAUUUGUGAAUAACUUCCUGGUGGACUAUUUGAAAGUCGUUAA